AUGCUCUCUCAACUCUCAGGACGGACCUUGUACAAGGUCAUGUCAGCAUGUUGCGGUUCUGCAUUCAUGCUGUACGGUUACGACGCUGGUGUGCUCGGUGGCAUUCAAUCAACACCACAAUUCCUCGAUGCUAUCGGCAACCCUAAGGGUGUUUACAUCAUUCCCAUCAUCGCGUCGAUCUACAAUCUCGCCGCUGCUGCCAUGGCAAGUCUCCCGCCUAUUCAGGCCUCGUCUUACUCUGUUGGUCAAAUCAUUACGGGACGCAUCAUUUGCGGUUGCGGCAUCGGUUGCAUUGCUAGCGCAGUGCCUACUUACAUGGCUGAAAUGUCACUCGAGGCUCGAGAGCGCGGUCCUGAAGUGUGCUGGCAGCUUGCUUUGCUAAUCACUGGUGUGGCACUCGCGUAUUGGAUUGACUUUGGUUUUGUUCAAGGCCUCGAGACCCGACCAUAUCUGUGGCGCAUUCCUGUUGCCAUGCAAGCCUGCUUCGCCAUCUUCUCCGCUGGAGGCCUUGUAUUCCUCCCCGAUACUCCGCGAUGGUAUUAUUAUCGCAAACGCAUUCCCGAGGCAGACGCCGUCUUGUCCAGGCUUUAUAAUCUCCCCGAAGAUCAUCCAAUUGUGCAAGCGCAGAAGAAGGAAGUUCUUACAUCCAUUAAUGAGGAAGAUAAUGCAAAAUUCAAUAUCUUGCACUUCUUCUGGGACAAUUCCGACUAUCAGGUCGGUCGUCGCCUUCGAACGAGUUUCCUCAUCCUAUUCGCACAACAAUUUUUGGGAAUCAAUAUGCUUGUCUAUUUCAGCACGACGAUUUUCCUCAAGCUUGGUUACAGCCACUUCCUCUCCGGCAUCUUGGCCGCUGUUUUGAACACCGUAUUCGCUCUUGCUUCCUACCCACCAGUCUGGUACAUCGAACGUAUCGGUCGUCGUUCCAUGAUGUUCUGGACCUCUAUUGGCUGCGGAAUCUGCAUGCUCGUGUACAUUGUCCUCACCACUCUACCGGAAUCCUCACAAAACGUGGCUACAAACUGGUCUGCAGUUGCCAUGAUCAUGCUCUACAUGGUCGUCUUUGGAUUCGGCUGGCUUGGUCCCCCAUGGAUCUACGGUCCCGAAAUUGCGCCUCUUAAGUACCGCCACGUCGCUGGUGGUCUCGCAGCGUGCGGCGAGUGGCUCUCGACCUGGGUCAUGGUAUUCGGGGGCGGAACCGGUAUCGAGGCUGUUGGUCCGAAGAUUUUCAUCUGGCCCUUGAUCUGCUGCUUCAUUGCCGCCGUGUAUGUGUGGUUCUACUGCCCUGAGACGACUGGACGUACGCUUGAGGAGAUUGACUAUCUGUUCGCGAAGCAGCAUGUGCGCGAUCGCAUGAAUCAGAUGGGCAUUGGUUCUGCGGGCGAUAUGAGGAGGCAUUCUGUGCACAGUAUUGAAAAGGGAAGGACCGGAUCGUACACGCAGUACAUCGAGCAGGCUGAGACAUCGAGUGCGGAGCAGGUUAAAUUUGAUGAGGUCAAGUUUGGUCAAGUAUAA